AUGAAUUUUCAUUUCAACUCCUUUCCUACUUGCUACCAACGCUUAGAGCCGAACACGGUACUCAUCUCCAGCAAGUGUGGCGAUCGGGAACAUAACUGGGCAGGGUCAACUGAGGCAAGCAAUGCCAGAACCGGUGCUUCAAGUGGCCUUCCUGCUGCUACUCUCGGUUCCAACUCUUUCAAGUCGUACCCUCCAGUCACAAUUGCCUCACCAGACAUACUCAGACAUCACCAGGCUCACCUCACUCAAUGCGCACAUCUGACACCAUACUGGCCCACUCAGGCUGUAGAUUGUAAUACUAGUCAUUGCCCACCAAAUCAGCCGUCUUCUUUUUGUCUGCAUCAACCAUCAUUGUCUCAGACGAGUACCAAACAAGUACAUGUAGCAUCUGUUCCUAAUUCCUAUCUGCCUGGCCUGACGCCUUUAGGCUUUCCGCCUCGACCGACCCUCACCCAUCUCCGCCCCCAGCAACAGUUGUCACAUUCAGCAAAUGAGACUUAUGAAUCGCUAAUACAUCUUCAUCCUAGCCUGCUUCACUUUCAUUGUUCCUCUCUUCCUACUGCUCCAGUUCAUGAGUCUGAACACAUUCUACCGGUCCUCACAAAUUCUGCCGGCAAUCUCACUUCGCUCCCCACCAACGACUCAUCGCUUAGGUUUGCUUAUCAGCCGAGCCCUGAACCAUUUGUCGUCCUUGACCAAGCAAUUUAUGAUGGCAAAGGCGCAUUUGGCCAACCAUCUGCGACAACAGCCGAGGAGGACGAAGUCUCAAGCGUUAGUCAAAGCGCCAGUCAAGUCGUUCGAGUGGCUAGUCCUUCCCUCAGUCCCUCCCUAGGGCUAGCCAAAAAUGAAGCUGAGGAGACUUGGCCGGUGAUAAUUCCGAGGCGGAGGUCGAAACAAGACUCGGGCAACUGGAUAGUAACUGAAGCAGCCCUUAUCCAGCAAGAAGUCGACACUGAAAGGACUAGCUCAGAAGAAGUCGACACUGAAAGAACUAGCUCAGAAGAGGAUGAAGAAUCCUUAGCUUCGUCCCUAGCUGAACAACCUUCGGUGGCCACCUCAUCUGGCGGAUCACAAUCAGCAUCUUCGCUUCCUGCACACUCCCUUUUGCAUGGCCUGAUCAACACUGCGCCUCCAACUCUCUUCCACGAACCCUCCAUUGAGACAGAUCUUGGAGGUCUUGAGACUGAUAAAGGCGCCCGGUAG